CAACACAAACAGUCGGAACCAGCGAUAGCGUGUGAAGGGAGGGGAGGAGGAGGAGCAGGAGGACCUUCUUCCUCUGCGCUCAGUUGGCCGCGCCGUCUGAAAACAGCCCCUCAGCCCCCGUGGAGGGGAGCCCCAGACAUUCUUCCCCCCCCUUUUUUUUUCUUUUCUAUUCGCCCUGGUUGGCCCCGCUUCCCUUCCACAUACACCCCCCCUCCUCCAAAGCUGCACUCGCUUCCCCUUGGCCGAAGGGAUUCAGAGGACACUGCGGAAGGGCCUGUUUCCCUCUGAGGAUCAAAUACACAUUUCCAGCCUGACUUUGUUUUGACCUAAUUCCAUUUGGGGAGGCUGAUAUGGAUUACUUUGACCUAGCAAGGCUCAUGGUUACAAACUCUGAGAACCUGUGGUAUACGUCGAACAUUUGGGUUAAUUGAACAUUUUUAUUAUCCAGAAUAUUAGACACAAAUGAAUACUAUUAGCUUUUCCUACCUAGUGAUCUCUGCAUUAAAUUUGAUAUUUAAAGCUUGUGAAAAUAAAAGCAUGUCCUCUUAAAAAUCUUCUAGGAUUUUCUUGCGAAGCAGUAUUGAACCAGACAGGAUUGGACCGUCUUCUGCACAGAACGUCAAGGAAGCACCUGCCAAUGUAUUGCUGAAGUUAAUUGAAUUGUUACAGAAAAUCAUCAUGGGAGGAGCUGUGAGCGCAGGAGAAGACAAUGAUGAUUUAAUUGAUAACUUGAAAGAAGCACAAUAUAUUCGCACUGAAAGAGUGGAGCAAGCCUUCAGAGCUAUUGAUCGUGGAGAUUAUUAUCUGGAAGGCUAUAGGGAUAAUGCAUAUAAAGACUUGGCUUGGAAGCAUGGAAAUAUACAUUUAUCAGCACCUUGCAUUUAUUCUGAAGUCAUGGAAGCAUUGAAACUUCAGCCAGGACUGUCUUUUCUUAAUCUGGGUAGUGGAACUGGCUAUUUAAGCACAAUGGUUGGAUUGAUAUUAGGGCCUUUUGGAAUAAAUCAUGGAAUAGAACUUCAUCCAGAUGUGGUGGAAUAUGCCAAGGAAAAACUGGAGAGUUUCAUAAAAUAUAGUGAUAGUUUUGAUAAAUUUGAAUUCUGUGAACCUGCCUUCGUAGUUGGCAACUGCUUGCAAAUAACAUCGGACAGCCAUCAGUAUGACCGGAUUUACUGCGGAGCUGGUGUCCAAAAAGACCAUGAAAACUAUAUGAAAAUCUUAUUGAAAAUUGGAGGCAUUCUGGUUAUGCCAGUAGAAGAUCAGCUAACCCAAAUCCAAAGAACUGGACAGAAUACUUGGGAAAGCAAAAACAUCCUUGCUGUUUCAUUUGCUCCACUUGUGCAACCAAGCAAGAGUGACACCAGCAAAAAUGAUACUGUGGGACUGCCCCCCUGUUCUGUUAGGAAUCUACAGGACUUGGCUCGGAUCUAUAUUAGGCGCACUCUUAGGAACUAUAUAAAUGAUGAGAUGCAAGCCAAGGGUAUUAUCCAGAAGCCCCCACCAAAACGUAAACGGAGAAGGUGCCGUAGGCGCAGGAUUAAUACCUAUGUGUUUGUAGGCAAUCAACUCAUUCCUCAGCCUCUAGAUAGUGAAGAAGAUGAAAAGAUGGAAGAAGACAGCAAAGAAGAGGAUGAUAAAGAUCACACUGAAGCCUUGAAACCAGAAGAACCCCCACGGAAUCUAUUGCGGGAAAAAGUUAUGAAUCUACCACUCCCUGAAUCUCUAAAAGCCUACUUGACAUACUAUAGAGAAAAAUAACUUUUAUUUUAAGUAGAAGUGAUAAUGCCUACUUGAUAGUUCAUUAAUUCUUGAAAUGUAGCAUUUACUAAGAAAUACAUGGCAAAUACUGGUAGUCUUUCAGCAAGACUUAAGUGCAGUGAUAAAAUGAAACAUGUCUUAACUUUGCUGCAAGGACUUGCACUCAACAGUGUUUAAAAUCCAUUUUUGUUAUCUUUGGGAAAAUGCUCUUUUAACUCUGACAGAAAUAUAUUCCAAAGCAGUAUACAUCACUAAUUAAGAGUUUGCCUGAUAAAAAAUCUUUUUGGUCCCUACAAAUUUGAAUUGAUGAGGGUUAACAAAAUUUUAUAUGUGUGAAUAAUUGAAUAACUACGUUCAGACAUCAAUAGGCGCUGUCUGCAUUAAGAAUGUUUUAUCUCAUAUUGAAUUGGAGCCCUUUAUUUUAACAUAGCUAUUUUGCAAUCAUCGUUACUGUGUUGAUGUGAUAUGAUGUAUUCCAAGGAAUACAUGAGUGCAAUAACGUAGACACUGAAUGAUCUGGAUUUAAUGAAAUAUGAACAUUCAGGUUCAGAAAUGCCAGACAGCCCUGCUACAUGUUCUUCUUUAACCUUUGCCGAAAGAUCUCAAGAAAAGUGACUGCUUCUCUCAGAGCCUUAAGAAAACAUUUUAUUGACUAUAACAUUUUUCUUUAAAAUGUACUAUAACCCUGUUUCUGUACCACCAGCCUAUGAUCAUCAUAAAAAAAAUCUCAGUUUUCCAGCAUUUAUGAAAAAGUAUUUAGCUUCUUUUUAAAGUUCAUGGUACAGAAAACAUAUUUCAUAUAUAUAUCAGAUUGUAAUUUUGGUUUCAAGUACUAUAUUUACUAUUUUAUACAGUAGAACAUGUAAAAAGAUGAGCUUGUAUUGCUUAUUUGGAUAGCUGUAAUGGUAGAAUUUUAAAGGAUUUGUUCAGAGGUGCACUUUAAGUGGAUUCUGUACCUUAUUUAUCUCAGAUAAGGUAAGGUGUAUGGUUCCUACAUUUGCUAUUGAUACUCUUUUGGAAAUUAAUAGUAAAAUUGCAAGUUUGGUGGACUGACAUUGCGUGACUAUAUUGUUACUUCUGCCAUUUUUUUGGUUAUUUAAAUACUUUGUUUAAAUGGGUUAUAUUUUUCUUUUUGCAUGAUAGAGUAUCUUAAUUUUCACUAGCUUUAUAAUUUUAAUACUCAGUGUAAAAUAUCAAUAAUAAAAUAGAGUUCAAGAUAUGCUGUAAAAAUGCUAUUUUUAAGGACAUCUGAUCUAUUAGGGCCCAACAAAAAGCAUUCCUUAUGGAGAAAAUUCCUGCAUAAUUUCCUAGUGUGUUUAUGUCAUUACACAAUGAAAAUUCUUAAAACAAAAUAUAAUCAGGAUGGUUUUUAUAUACUCACAACCUGAUAACUCAUAGAUGAAACCCAGUGAAAUUACACUAUUGAACUGUCACGUUCUGUGAUAUCCACAUUACAAUAUUAUAAGUAUCUUAUUGGACACAAUCUAUGAAAUACAUGGUUUGGUUGCAAGUUGGAUUUCAUGCUUAUUUGCGAAUUAAAACUUUUUGUCUUAGUGAUUAUCAAAACUUAAUAUCUAUUUAAAAAGUUCUUCUGGUUUGUUAAACAGUAUGUUGAUUUGAGUUGGUUUCUGUGAACUUAUGCUAAUGAAUAAAUGCACUAGUUGCUGAAAAAAAGUGUAUCAGCCUUGUUUCACAGGAACUAAAAUUGACAAAUAGAGAAGGUUCAUCUCUGGGAAACUGACUAUAGCACAUCUAUUUUAUUUUACUAAAUAGAAUGAAGUUUUUAGUCAUUCUGAAAUCCAAUUUGUAUCUUCUUGGAAUUUCAUCUUUUAACUUCAUGCAUUUCCCCUAUUCUCUUGUUCAAAUAGAUACUAGAUGAGUUACGAAUAUUCAUUAUGUUAAUUUUUUUUAAGUCACAAGCAAAGUUUCCUUUGUGUUUGUGAAAUUAUUUCACAUUGUUGAAUUUAUAUUUACUUCUAAAAUAAAUGCAUAAAAUGCAAAAUGAAUGAAAAUUAAAACUUUUGUCAUAAUUCCAAUAAAAUGUCUGGUGAUUUUUUGCUGA